CAGUAUUACAUAGGUUUAGGUUAACUAGUACGAAAACAAAAAAAAACUUUUUAAUAUUUUUCAAAAUAUUUAUUAAUUUAUGUUUCUUUACGUUUAAUUUAUUUAUUCCUAAUUAUGGAGGAAAUGAUUUACGAAAAUCAGUUUGUAUGUAGAGCUUGUUUGAAAAUUGUCGAACACUCAACUCAAAGUUUUGGAUACGUUGACGAUGCAACAGGAAAUUUGCGGGAUAUGUUGAUGUGCUGUGUCCCUGAAUUGGAUAUAUAUGUAUCUUCUAACCCCAUUGUCUGCUUUCCCUGCAUACAAACUUUGAUUCAAGUUCAUAAUUUUAAAGAAAGGUGCAUCAAUACGGAAAAUAUUAUUCGCACCUAUAUGCAAAGGUACAAUUUGUCUGAUCAAAAUCCAAUAAAUCUUGGUUCAGUUGUUCGAGAUUUAGUUGGAAUUAAUAAGAUUCACAAGCAACAAGCAGAAAUGAGAAAUCAUAUAGAGAAGAGUAAAUUGGCAAUUGCUCUACAGAAUCCUAGACCACCACCACCUCCAUUACAGCUUAUUGAAGGAGGUCAGACCCUUACAAGCAUACCAGUACCAGUUUCUAAUUUCCAACAGGUACCUUCUCCUAAUAUUUGUGUAACAGAUGAAGGGAAUUUACCACAAAUUAUAAGAACACCAUCCACAGAUUUGGCCCCUCCUGAAGUAGUUAAGAGUUUGGAAUAUGACCAAAGAAUGUCUAACAAGCCACAUGUACUCAUUCCAAUUAAUAAUAAUCUAGCUUCUUCAAAUAACUCAAUGGAAAGUGCUUCUAAUAAGGCUACCACUAAUAGUGCAAUGAACAAAGAAAGUAAUGGUAAUAAAGUAGUUAGAGUUUACAAAAACAAUAAUAAAAAGACCAAAAAUGAACUUUAUAUUCAUCCCAUUGAGAGUAAGGCAAGGUUGAUAGUGAGAAUACCAAGAAGUAAACUUAUUUUACCUAUUAAAGAAGAUACAGAGAAAUCAUCUAUAUCUAAUCACAAUUCUCAUAGUACUGUAACCGAGGGAGAUACAGAAAAAGAUACAAUAAAAUCACGAAAAGAAGAUCCAAUGAACCCUGAACACAAUUCAGAAAAUGGAGAAACGAUACCUAAUCAGAUCACUAAGAUCUACAAUUGUAGUUGUAUGUAUCUAACUACAUCAGUAUCUCUAUUUGAAGAACACAAAAGAAAAUGUAAGACUGGUAAAAUGACUUCCAAACAUGUGCACAAAUGUCCUCACUGUCCGCACAUCACGAACCGAGGAUAUGCGCUUAGCAAACACAUUAACACUAUGCAUACUAGGGCAGUGUGGUUUGUUUGCGAAUUUUGUACAUACAGAAGCACCGAUAAGGCUUGUUUGCGGCGUCACAUUCGCAAGAAUCACGAACAAGGCAAUUCUAAUAACCGCCCACGAUCGUUUACUUGUAAUAUUUGUGACAUGGUGAUCAGUUCAGAGUACAACUUCAAUAGACACAUGCUGAAACAUGAAGAGACUGUGCUAUCGACAUUUAACUGUGAAUUUUGUUCCUAUCAAUGUAAAGACCGUAGUAACUAUAGGAAACAUGUAUUUACUCAUAGUCCUAAACUGUUACAAUGCCCUUCUUGUUCUUAUUCAAAUGUAUCUCCUUACCCUUUAAAAUCACACAUAAAAAAAAAUCACGAUAGUGUUGGUAUCGAAGUCGCCGAUUGUAAAAGUGAUAUUACUGUUUAUGAGCUUGUUAAAGAAAUUAGGGCAUUACGAGCUAGUAUGGACAUUAAUAAUGAAGAACAACCAAUGGUUGCUCAUCAAUUAACAGAUGAACAUGCUGAAAGCCAAGAGAUGGUUGAAAAUCAAGAGUUGAUAAAUCAUCCUCUGGUGGAUGAGUUUAUGGAGAAUGGAGUAUUUGAUAAUCCAGAGAUUACACAAUUUAUGGAACAUCAUAAUUUGUUCGGUACAGAUGGAUUAGGCAGCUUAAUAGAUAGUCAAGGGAUAAUUGAAACUAGUUAGAAAGGAUAGAUUUUUUAUGCUGUAUAAGCUAGAAAUAAUCAGAGGGCUUUUAGAAGAUUGCGUCGAGUACUUUAAUCAUUUAUGUAUUUUAUUUGAUUAUUUGAAGCAAUAGACCAAGUGUUACCUUGUAACUUCACCAUUGACAAGAGUGUAAUGUGCGUGAACUGGAUAUUUUUCACGCUAAUUACACAUAGGUAAUUUGUGGUGUGUUGAUAUUCUUAAUCAGAUACAAAUUUUUUUACAGUUAAAUUUUGUUUAAUGAAAAAAAUUGGGAUAAUGUCAUAACACGUUUAUGGUCGGAAUUGCAGUUGUAGAUAUUCAUUUGGCAAAUUCACAACUAAAAAUUGAACCGAGUUGGAAUUUUUGGAACUGGUUAGGUUCACAUGUCUACUAUUACUCACAUUUACACAGUCUGACAGGUAAAUUUGAAUAGAUUUGUCUUACAUACUUAUUAAAUUUACCAUGGAGGAUACAUUUAGAUGAUUAGGGAAUUGAAGUAUAAAUUGAAAGUAAAAUGAUACUGAUGAAAAAAAAAAUACAUUUCAAAGGACUAACAAUAUGGUUAUACUAGUAUGUGUUAAGACAUACUUAAAAGUAUAGCAUUGUGAUUAUCUUUCAAUAGGGAAACAUUUCAGAACUGUUUUCUUUCAAUUUCUUUUGUUAAAAUUAUGUUUUCUUACAGAGUAUAUCUUCUCAAAUCUGUUAUCUUUAUGUCUUUUUCUUAUAGCUGAAAACAGACAAAUUAAUUUUUCCAAAAAAAUAAGAGAACUUGAAUUUAAGAAAUCUGUUGAAUGUUUGUUACCCUUGUCCCUCAAAAAUAUCUCUAUUUACAUUUCUCUCAUUCAAAGAUAAAUUUGACCCCUAUACUGUGUGACAAUUAUCUCGAUGAAGCAUAAAAUGGUGAAUAUUGAUGUUUAGUACCCAUAUUUUCAUGCAUAGAACAAAAGAACAUGAGCUUGAUUUCAGUUGUCUGAUUUUUUCAGAGUUAACUACUGCCUCCUAAUUUUUAUGAAUUUCAUUAUUGGCAAAAUUGUUCUUAUUGCAGAGCUCAUGGAUUUUGAUGUUAUGCUUUUUAAUUUUCGUCCAAAUAAUUUAGCGGCAAGGACUUUAACUCCAUAGAUUUACCUAGCAACACAAUUUAUACAUUAUAGAAUUAAAUGUAACAAAUCAUUUGGAAAUCAUUACUGGAGUCAGUUAUAUAGCAAACAAUUGGAAAAGGAAUUUUUUUAUAAAUGUAAAUGGUGCAGACUCGAUAAUUCGAACUAAUAAAAACCGAAGCACUUGUUUUUUAUCAAAAUCUUUAUUAUGAAACGCAAAAAAACACUAAUGACGAAUAAGUAACAUUGGAAAAUAUAUGUAUAAAAAAGUAAGAAUAUGGUAUGUAUUAAUUUCUGAAAUAAUUUGUAAUUUUCGCUUACUUUACACAUCUUUGAGCAGUAUAUUUUAGGGCAACUAAUAUCUUAGUAUUAUAUUUUAUAAUAAAAUAUUGGUCAGAUGUUUAGUGGCCAUAGAGUGUUAAUCAAUCAUUAUUCUUGACAAUCUGACAUAAAAUUGAUUUAAAUUUGUAAAAUGUGUCAAAAGUCUUCAAGUCAAAUUGAUGAUGUGUUUAGACUGCUCAAAAGAAUAUAAUUCAUUUUCAGAUCGUAUGGAAAUUUUUAGAAACCAGCACUAAAAUUGUUUUAAAAUUAAUCUUACCUGUCGAUUUUAGAAUUUUUUUGUUUUAUGUCACAGAUUGUAGAUCUUCCAACCCCAUACUCAGCGGCCAACUUUUUCCUUUCUCCCUUGUUAAGUCUUUCAAUAAUUUCACUUUUUUGUUUUAUGGACAAUGUCUUGUGUUUUCUUUUAGGGGGCAUUUUUAUUUAAGCAAAUAUUAAAAUAAAAACCUUAUAUCACCUAAAAUGGCAUUACAAAUAUCCCAGCAAAGUAUGUAAAUAUCACUGCUCAAAAGCAGUGAAAAUGCUGCACACCUCUUUAAUGUGAGUCCAAGAGAGACCGCCUUCAAUAUCGCGCUUUGAAUACUUAUACGGAUCCAUUCUACACUUGCGAAACUAGCUUUCUCCACUUUACAGUGGGUGUAGCUACUGUUCUCUUUAAAAUGCGCAAAAUUUUUCUAGAAAUGCUCCGUUUGCUGAACAAACAAGUGGAGUGAAUGAUCCUCGACAAUCCUCUGCUGUUGGUCGUACUUGGGAUGCUUCUCAUUUGUAGAGGUAUGCACUGAAUGGGGCCAGUCCUGGGAAAAGUCUGUACUAUCACCUAGUCUUGCGAUACUGAAGAUUCAGUGAUCCUUCGAAGAAUUCGUUGUUGAUGUGAUUGCAACGCAGCUGUAUCAACAUUUAGAUAAGUUGUAAACCAACUUUGUUUGAUACCAGAGAGUAUUCUCAUUUAUUAUUAGAACUUCAUGGAAGUUUAACAUUUGUUUUUGUGGAUAAUUUCAGUUUUUCCUUACAAAAUUCACACGAGAUUUAUUUACAUAAUUUUUAUGCAACACUUCUAGAUGCUUCUUAUAUUUUUAGUGGGUUUUAUGAUGUGUUGAAUUAAUACUUUAAACAGACAAUGCAAUAAGGUUAUUGGAUGCGAAUUUUCCUACUGAGCUCUAGGGUAGACAUUGCUACCAGGGAGCCCGAAAAAAAGUUUGAGAACCGUUAAGAAAUCGGUUUUCCCGCAUAAAAAGGUGGAUAAAUAUGUAGAACAAAUUAAUUUUCAGUUUAUUUUCAGACAAUGUAAUUGUGUGUGAUGGUAUGAGUGCGAGUAAACAGUAUCAUUAGAUGAAAAUAAAAAAAAAAAAAAAUAAAUUCUAAUAUACCGUGGGCAUAUAUCUGUUAUUAGCGGUACUGCAGACUGCAAUCGUGUUAUCUCCGUUUCAAUCAUGAUUUGUCAAUAAAAAAUCAUUUGGUUUGUAAAGUUUUUUUUAUUUUUAUGGAUAAAGUUGAUUGUUAUUUAAUUAACUGAAAAAUUAUUGAAAAUUUUGAAAGUAACCAGAACUGUCAUUUUUAAAACUAACUAUUUGGAAAGUUAUUGUAAUAUUUUUCUGUGAUAUGUGAUUUGUAUGCAUUUUUUCUUUGUUUUAACAAAAAAUAUAGGUGGUAUUAGAUACCAAAUGUCAGUGUAAAUAUACAGAGUGGCCCACUAUAUUUAUUUAUUACAUACUUUAAGGUGUCAGGCUUACAUUUAAUCGUCUUACAUGAACAUUUCCUUCCGUUUUUCACUUACGUUUUCGCCCCCUUCCUUUCUCUUCGUCUUGUAGAAUUUGACCCAUGUUUGUCUUUUGAUCUCUUUUCAUUUGUAUUUUUACUUCAUAUAUUCUUCUAACUUUGUAAUUCUUUGAUUAUAUCUUCAAAAGCUUAGUUAUGGUUGCUCUAUAAAGUUCAUUAUUGGUAUUCUUCUCUUAUUAUCAUAUUUUUUCCUUUCUACUCGCUCCUUAUGGAUUUUGAAGUAUUUUCAAUUUUAUUCAAUUUCUGUAUUGAUUAACAUUUUCUAUUACCAAUAUUUUGUAUUAAGUUUUACUAAUUUUCAAGCCCCUUUUUCCAUUGCAGGUUUCAAUGUUUAAAUUUCUUUUUGCUGCUUUUAUAAUUAUUUCUACGUUAGCAAAACGUCCUUAAUCUAUUCCACUUUUCUUAGAUUUUUAUAUGUAACAUAGUGGUUAUAACUCCAUUUAGUUCAAGCUUAUUUUGUAUUAUAAAAUUUUUCUUGAUAUUCACAAUAUGGGGAUUGAAUUAGUAACUAAUUGUUUUUAAAUGUAUAAUCUUCUAGUGAUAUGAAACUAUUAAUUAGUUAGACAGAUAGAUUUAUUCAGGGGUUACAGUACAUUGCAACGUUGAGGUUUAUUGGCCUCCUCUAUCAGAGCUGUUUCUGACAUCAAAAGCCUUCCAAUCCGAGAGUAUCUGUGCUGACUUCCAGGUUAGAUCUUCGUAUUUCUACAGGUUUAUCUUAAAACAAAAUAUUUUUCGAAUAAAUUACUGAAAAAAACUUAAGGAGCGUUGAAUUUUUUUUGGUUUCCCUUUCUUUUGGAACUCUUUCUUUUACAUGAACAUUUUCCUAUUAAAAGGUUCUGAUAUCAAAAGAAUUAAUUGAAACAAUUAUUUUUUAUUUUCAUUGUUUGAUGAAUAAUAACUAUUUGAUUGAAAUAGUAUUUUGACUAGGAAGUUUCAACAAUAAGUGCUGCUCUAUUCUAUCUUUGUUCCAUGGUCUCAAUAAUCUGUUUGUUUAUUAAAUAGGGGAUUAGUAAGUGUGGCCCUACAUUUUUUAGUAGUAUUUGUGUCUUUUUCAUAGACUGUGACUUGAACAGUUUAAUAUCAUGAUUUAUCAUAUCUUUUUUGCAAUUCACUAGAAGUAUCAAAAAUGAGGGGAUGAUUUUGUGACCGCUUGUUGAAUUAUUGAGAUAUUGAAUUUGCUUCUACAUUCCCAUAAUUUAGUAUACUUUUUUCUUUAUUAAAAUAGUUUCUGAUUAAACAAUGAAUAUAAUUUUCGCACAUAUAGGUCUAUUUGUUUUUUCUGUUAAAUUUGUUUAGAAAACUAGAAUAUUGGUCAUGGAAUAUAGGGCUUUUAUUACACUGUAACCUUAAGGUUUAUUGUGACCUCUUGCAGCUUGUCUUUCAUUUCUAGAGAUCUGAUCAACUCCAGUAUCUGUGAUGGUUUUGAGGAGUUUAGUUCUUUGUUCUUAAAGGUUUUUAAUUCAAAGUUUUUUAGAAAUAGGUAAAGCAGAUUUUCAUCAUCUUUUCUUUCUAAGCCGUAUUAAAGUUCCAACUUUCAAAAAAAUCGUGUGAUAUAAACAUUUAUGAAUAAUUGUAAGCCAUUCGAAAUAAAUUAUUUAGUUGGAUUAAAAUAUUGUUAUACAUAAAAAGUUUUUAUAUAUUUCAAAAAUGUAAAACCCAAUAGCCAUUGGGUAUUAUAUUUUUUUACUUUUUUGUCUAAUUUAGUGGGUAAAUAUUUGUUACUAGAUUUUUUCAAAUUAGCAAGCUUCUAGCAUUUUGCUUGCUUCUCUGCCACUUCAGGCAUUUUUUCUGUGUAAAAUUUGCAAUUCAUUCUAUUGGAUAGGGCGUAUUCAAGUUAAUUAUGUUUUAUUUCCAGUAAAAGACAUACGAGGAGCAAAAAUUCAAAUUUUACUUUAGUGAAAAAAUAGGGCUUUUGUUUUAAGUGGUAAUGAGCAGGUGGAAUACUUAUUUGUUUCAAGUAUGAUUAAAGGGGUUAUAUAAGAUAAGAUAGUAUCUCAAAUGAGAUAAAUAAUUUUUUAAACUAUUAUUAAGAAAAAUGGAUAAAUUUUUAAUUUAUAAUGUGGAAGUAGAGCGAACUGACUACAACUCCUUCAAAUUCCAUAACUUGCCACUUAAAAAAUAAAUAUAAUGACCCCACAAAAAUGAUCGCAUCACUCAUUAUUUUUUAAUUAUUUUAAAUGUGUUGCCUGAUUGUCGAAUUUUAUUAUUACGAAUUAAAACAACAAUAGAUAGCCCAUUUGCAACAUUUAUUUUAUAUGAGUUUAAUCUACAGAGGACAAAAAGUUUUUUUUACCAAAACAUAGAAAGUACCAAAAAAAUUGUACAAAACAUCUAUACAAAAAAAUUAACGGUGCUUAAACUAAAAUUAUCCAAUGAAUUUCUAAUAGCGUGUGUUGCCGCCCCUCGCUCUAAUUACAGCUUCCAUUCGUCUUGGAAAGGCUUCUAAACAGGUUCUGGACGUAUCCUCGCGGCAUGUUUUCCCAGAUGUUAAAAAGAACAUUUGUUCUGUACGUUCAGGCCAAUUCAGGGUGCAUUAGCACAAAGUUGACACCGAUAUGAGGCAUAUAGAGCACUACUUGGGGUUCUAGGAUAUUGAUUAUGUACCUGUCAGCAUUUAGUCUUCCAUCAUUUACUGGUACUAACUCCGUGCGAUCCUCGAAAGAAAUUCCUCAAAUAACGGUCAUCUACUACCGAAGUUACCCUUCCGCGGCCUUGUCCGGGGCUUCUGGUUAGCUGCCCUGUUUCUUGGUAGCGAAUAACAACUCUGGAUAUGGUGUUCCAUUUACCCCGGCGACGUAUCUUUGACUGCGGCCAUCUUGUAUAAGCGCGAUGAUUCUAGCGGCUUCUACAUUCGUUACAUGUCUUGUUAGACGUUGAUCCAUUAAUAACAAAAUAAAUUUAACUUUUCACUAUACAAUAACACAAUUUGUUCUCAAUCUCAAUGCAUUCUCCAAGACAGAAAUGAUUUACUCGAGCAUUUUUGCUUCCAAAAAAAUUUGUAAGAAAUUGUGAUAUUUUUUGCUCAUGAUAAGAAACCAGAAAUAUCUAUUAGAUACAUAUACAGAUUGUCCCAAAAAACUAAAAUUAAGUAUUUAAAAUAUCCUAAAAUACCUGUGAUGCGAUCAUUUUUGUGGGGUGUAUAUUUCACUAAAUCCGCUAGAAAACAAGUUUUAGACAACACUAAAGUGGAAAAUAUACGUGUGUGGAUAAAAAUUUUUUGCACCUACAUCUGAUUUCUCAUUGUAAAAACUAGAGUGGAUAGAGUACGCAAUUUAGGUAUGUAUCUCCAUCUAGAAGCGAAAAAUGUUGAUUUUGUAUAAUGUUCCUUUUGAAUGUUUACUCCUCAUAUGUAUGUUUACCGAGAACAUAGCUUUAUACCUCUGAAGGCACUGAAAAACUGUACCAAUCAACGGCUUAAGAUGUGCAGUUUUUUAUCAAAUUUUACGCAGCUCUUCUCAAAUUUUAAUCUAUGUUUUAAAAGAUAUUUUUUCCCCAAUAUUUGAUUAAACGUGUUCGGUAAUUCGAAGCAGAAAAGUUGGAAGGAUUUUUUGAAAAUCACUGGUAUAUAAGGAUAUCUAAUGAACCUAGCAUUCAAAUCGACAAUUAUUUAUUUUAAGUUGAAAUUACUGGAACCGUUGGCGAUAUUCAUACUGAAUACACUUUUUACAUCACCACUCACAAUUACACUGUCUGAUGCGCGUUUCGAUAACCAAAUUAUCGUCUUCGGAGACUUAAGGUGAACUUAGUUUGGUUAUAGAAACGCGCGUUAGACAGUGUUGGUGGUUAGGUAGUGUAAACAGUUUAUUCAAUUGUUUAUUUUGUUAUGUUACUAUUAUUAUUUUGUUUUUUUAAUGAAUAUAAUCUGUAAAUAUGGAUUGAGUAUGUUAUAGUAAUAUAAAAUUAUCUAAUCUUAUUUAUAUGAGUUUAUUUUGUACAAGUUUUAUAUAUACUUUAUUUUUGUUAUUAGAUUAUAAAUAAAUUAUUAUCUGGAAUAUAGAA